GAAGAAGAAGAAAAACUGCCAUGGCCCAAGUAGAUUAUUUGAAACAUAAGAAAGAGUUGGGACAAAAAGGAAAAGGAAAAGGUACUUUCUUAGCCGGUAGCAGGUUAGAAGAGACAUAUACGUGUAGAUUAUGUGGAAGCCGUCUGAAAAUUUCUCAACAAUUUCUGGAGUCUCUCUUUGUGUAUUGCUCAAACCAAAAGUUCUCUCUUAUGGGCAAUUUUCCAGUCAUAGAUUCCAUAAUACCAGACUCUCUUCCCCACUCACUAUUUUUCAACACACCAAAUCUUAAAAUUUCUCAAUUUGAUUUUCAAGUUGUGGGCUUUUUAUUUGGGAAGAGAGAGAGAAAUGGAUCGCAAAGGCAUCGGCAACAUGAACAACAACGGCAGCAGAUCUCCUUACGAUGACACGAACUCUCCGCCGAGCAAAAGAACUUGCUAUUCUCUUCCGACUAGUUCUGAAGGUGGAUCUGGAGCUGUUGAGCAUGGGUUUGCUGAAUUUGUGUCUUCAACGAUGGCACCAAUUGUGAAAGAAUUGGUGAGGGUGGAAAUGAUAAAAGCCUUCGAAACUUACUUUCCUCCUCAUCUUUUAGAAUCACUGAGAAAAGGAAAAGGGACAGGGGAGGAAGUAACUAAUGAGGGUGGAAUAGGGAAGUACAAGUUAGUGUUUCUCAAUGAACCAGCUGCCGUCAUUUUCACCAACAACGAAAUAAAAGCAGAAAAUGGUGAGCCUUUGCAAGUUGCCAUUAUUGAUGCCACAACUAAUGCCACUAUCCGCUUUGGCCUUGUUGCUUCGGUCCAAGUCGAGUUCUUCCUUCUCGAUGGUGAUUAUGGUGGCUCGGGCGAACAACAACAUCGUCAUCCUUUGUCUGCAAGAGAUGGCAAAAGGCCUUUAGUGGUCGGUAGUGAUCUCAACCUCACGUUGCAAUAUGGGGUAGCAUCCAUUCACUCUUUGAUCAUCACUGACAACUCCAGUUGGAUGAAAUCCAAGAAGUUCCGCUUGGCAGUCAAGGUUAAAGGUGACAAAAUGUUUCAACCUAUUAGCAUAGGCGUCUCCCAACCUUUUAGAGUCAUGGAUCAUCGGGGCGAAGUGAACAAGAAGCAUCAUCCUCCGAGUAGCGAAGAUGAAGUAUGGCGAUUGGAAGGGAUUGGAAAAGAUGGUGCAUAUCACAAAAACUUAACUUACAAUGAUAUAAAAAAUGUGGGUGACUUCUUGAAGGCAUAUGAAAAAAAUGGUACCAAUUUGAAAAAGUUGCUUGGUAACAAAGUCCCACAGAAAAUAUGGGAGAUGAUGAUUGCUAAUGCCAAGGAGUGUGUCAAACCUCCCACUUACGAACAAAUCCCAAAGGUAAAUGAUCAGUGGCCAUACAAAGUGAUCAUGGGAUCAGAUGAAUCAUUUUUCAACCAAGACCAUGAAAUUUGUGAGGAAAAGAAUAAUUUAGGUGAAGGGAGCUCUCAGAUUUCAGGGAUGGAAGUCUUUGGUGAAGACUUUGAAUUUGUGCAUGACGAUGGAGGCUUCUCGCCAUGGGUUCUUGUAGAGGGACUCAGAUCCUACCCUACCAACGACAUUGGACAAAAAGGAUAGGAUUAUUCAAACUCAAGCAAUUCAUAUGAAAGUAUAUGAUUGAUAUGUAGGAUUUCAUUCCUUGCAACUCUCAAUAUUUUAGAAGAAGAAGAAAGGGAAGGGAAAAAGUAGCUUGAUUCAACUUUAAAGUUGUUUUCUAUUACACUUCUAAUUUCAUUUUUAUUUGUUAUAUAUAUUCCUAUGAAUAAUGCUCUCUUAAUUUGCAUUCUUUGAAUCUCGAUUCUUUAGUACAUAACUGAAGGUAGGGAGAUUCAAAUCUCUGGUUUUCUUGAUCAACUAGUUUCUUGAUCAAGGGUGCCAUAUGAAUUAUGUACCAUUGAUUCUCGUUAUAUAUUAUUUAUAAUUUAUGCAGUGGUUUUAGCAA